AUGUCGCGUUUUAAACGAAACAACGAGCACAAAUCUGGCACUCCUACGGAGGGAACGACAGGUCUUGGAAAGGAUGCUUCGCAGGAGACAGUAGAGAGUUCUGCGCUAUCCCAUGCUACCACCUCGUCGCGUUCGUCUUUUUUAAUUCAGAAUUCUCGACAAGAUACCAGCUUGCUUACCCUAGAAAACAAGCCUCAAAUCUUAGAAGAUGCAGAAACACAAGAACCCCUCGUUCGUCGCCGCUCAAUGAGCGAUACAGACAUAGAGCCCAUCUACCUAGGCGUCGACUUUGGAGCCCUACUCCGUCUUCGCGGUAGCAUCGCCUCUCAAGACACUCUUUGGAUUGACAUGUGGCAGCACUUUCCCCCUAGCAAGACAGUCGUCCCUCUCGACGACCAAUAUUUGUCCUGUUUGACUGCUUUCAAGAAUCUCCGUUGUCUAUGGGUCACUGGAAUGCUAAAGUCGUACCAGAAAAGCCUGUUUCAGGCUAUCUGGAAGAUGGAGCACCUCGCAAAUCUGCAGUUGAGAAUGGCAGAGGAGCCGCGCCUAUCGCCAGAGGGAGAGCGCACUUUUCGUCCUAUCGAACCAGGUUGGUCUCCUUUAGUGAAUGACGACAUGAAUCAUGAUUCACCAGGAGAUAGAAAAGGGCGCAUUUUGAAGCAAUAUGGAGACGCCGAAUUUCUCGAGAAUCAGGUCAUAGAAAAUGCCAAAUCAGACCCAAAAAUCAGCCAUCCAGAGCAUAACGUGUGGUCAACUCCCCAUCUCCCUAUCGUCCACCUUACGUUACGCGGCUUCGUAGUCAACGCAAUGCCGUUCUACAGCUGCUUCGAUGCCAAUAAACUACGCACAAUUACAUUCAAGGACUGCUACGAUGCUGGGUUCUAUCUUCCGGAUGACAUGAAACAUGUGGAGCUCAAAGUUGAUUCAAAGUAUGAACACAGAGCCACAAAUGGACGAGGAGUUUCGACGGAUCAAGAGGUGAAGUGUCUUACCUACAAGGAUGGGAAGAAAGUCGGUCAAUCCCGUUUUAACUCUUCGUCGUCGUCGUCGUCGUUGCAGGAUCCUGCCGAGCAAUCGACUUAUCGUAUGAAGCAAGUUGAAUCGCCGUCAUCCAUUCCGCGCUACGCUGCUUCUUCUUCGCCUACUCCUUCUUCGUAUUCGUCGUCCACCACGAUGGUAUCCGGUCAAGGAUUGAGAAAGUCUCGGUUGUCGUUGGAUUUUCGAAAACGUCCGGUCAGUUCUGUUAUCGAAGAGGAUGAGGGGGAGGAGUAA